AUGUUAAUCGAAAGGGCUGGCCCAUUGGGCACCGGUCAGCGAAGACCAUCACGAUCUCCACGUAGUCAAAGAAGCCGUAGCGCAGAUGUCGAUUGCUUGAAGAAAUAUACAGAAAGACGAGUCGAGGAGAGAAGGCACACAGAGAUACCAGACGCGAGCAAGCUCGAUCCUUCCAAAUGGGUGCCACUACCGAAAAAUAUCACGCGAAUCCAACCAGCGUUGAAGAAAACGCAACAGUCGUCAAGAGACGAAGAGAAACGACGUUCGGUGUCGAGCGAAACCGAGGAAUCCAUAGCGGAUAGCACAACGGACAUGGGUACACCAAAGAAAUUGUCUCCUACGAAAGAAGAAGAAACGACGAAGGAAGCCGAAGAAAAGAAAAACGAUACGUCCUCGCCAGCUUCGUACAGACAGACGGCCGGCAGAAGUCAUAGCGCGGACGUCAGCCACUUAAAGAAAGAGAAACUAGUCGAAGAACGAAGGCAUACGGAAUGCAGCGACCCCAGAACGAUCGCGACGAGGUGGCUACCGCAAAUUAACACCUCAAGGUUCCGCUACGAUGCAUCCCCGUUCGCAAGGAUCAGCAACAGCUGCGAAAUCACGAAAAACGCCGCGACCAGAUGGAUGACGUUCGUCAAGAACCCAUCCCCUUGUCCAAUACCGCGAAUGAACACGGAAAGAAAGCCUUCCGCGACGGAAGCGUGUCAUGCGACUGAUGGAUCACAACUUAAAAGCGUUAAAAGCGAAUCGCCCAAGUGGGAGCCGCUGCGAAAAUUCGCGCCAAUGGCGUCGAAGACCAGUGCCGAGUCUAGUCCAAGACAAGAUAAAUCGGACUCGAGUCGAGAUUCGCCAAAGCGUUCCCCUGACGCCAAUGAACAAUCGAAAAGACUUACCCAACGCAUGCGAGAUCUUUACGACUUCAAAACAGAAAACGAGUGGCCGAAAAGGGCGAUAAAUGCUCGACGUGGGAACACGUGGAUAAGUAAAAGCAGCAGCGAAGAGGAAAGAACUAAUCUAUCGGCUCGUAGAAAUAGCCAAGAUUUGGAGUUCAAUGACAGAAUGAACGUGAUGAAGCUGAAGGAUACGAAGGUACAGCCUGACCACCAAGAACCCAAACGACCAAGGACUCCAAAGAAAGAUGGACCACAUCCAAGUACUUCCUCCGACAUUUACAACAGCGAGUACGAGGAACGUUUAAGAAAGUUCAACGAGAGACUCCGAUACAGCGAAGAUCUAGGUUUGGCGAAGCCAAAGAUCAAGGAAAGGCGAACCUACUCCGAUGACUACGACGAAAAAGCUCGUCGUGCAUCCACCCGAUCAAAUACAGGAAGCUCGGUACGCUCGACGCGGACAGAUUCGAUUCGACUGACGCGUGCUGAAGGUUCGAUUCGAUCGGUGAGAUCGACACGCUCGGAAGAUUCACCAAGAAGUCGAUUUCAAGCCGAAAAGAAGAGGCCUUCGGACGCUAGUACCAAAUCCAGGGGAAGUUACGCUGAAGUAUCUCCUAUAACUCCUACAAAAAAAGAGUCCCGCCCAAGCGACGCGAGUUACGUUAGCGUAGGCAACUAUUCGGCUAAAAGAGCAAGCGUGGAUUGCAAGAGCAGCAGACAAAUGGUGGAACUUCCGCCACGAAGAGCUUUCAGUCAAACGGAAGAGAGACCAGCGACGCCUGUUCCGCCGAUAGAAUGGAACGACGAUCGUUACGCGGCUGCUCGUCUCAAACAGACCUCCGAACGCCAGAAGAGGGACAGUACGAGAUAUAAAGUGUACCUGACGUAAGAUGGGUGGAAAAAUGGUUAUUUUUGAUUAACACGAUGAAUAAGUAGAAACUUCGUCGAUGUAAAACGAGGACGUUUUUGAAAAAAUCGAUUCCUCGGUGAAUUCUCUUCGACAGAACUGAUUAUUUGUGGGAAGUUAUAGAUAUAAAAAAUGUUGUGAGAGAGUUGAUCAAAGGUAGACGAGACAUAAAAAGAUACGUGAGUUUGAUAAAUUUACGUUCAAUAAUUUAUUUCGUCAACCCGUGAUCGUUAGUAAGACAGUUGUUCUAGUCAAAUGUUACACACGUAGUCGUUGGAAGUUCACCAGCACCUGAAAUUCUCCCUUUUGCCACAAUUCGGUGUCAAAUUUUGAAUAUGUGUGCCGUAUGCCGGAAAUGGUGUUUUAUAUAUGGAGGAUUCUUGUAAGAGUAUAAUUUAUGACGAUAUCGUCGAACGGUAUGCAGCUUUCAAUCAUGAUUUUGAAAGGAGUCGAUAUGCUUUAUGAAGUUUCAAAUGAAACUGAUUUUCAAUAAUUAUUGUACGACGUUGAAAAACAUUGCAUUACUUCAUGUACGAUCGCGACAGAAUGUAAAACGUAAAAGAAAAGUGUACCUAAUGCCGUACAAGUAAUAUGUAAUAUGAUUUAACUAAUAAAAUAUUCUUUAAAAAAAAAA